GCGUAUUUGAAAGAGGCGCGAAAGCGGAAAUGUAUAUAAAUUUGUAAACAAAUAGUGUGCUGUCAUGCGGAGGUCCUCAUCUCUGGGACGGUCGUCCACGUCCCACUACAGCAGUGCUAGCAAGCGGACCUCCUCAGCCUCCAGGUCAUCAGUAGGGGGUCGCCCCUCUGUGGGAGGGACCAUGCCACUGAGGGUGAGGAAUGAGGAGAACUCAAAGAUCACAACCUCCUCUAAGAAAACUAAGCUGACUGGGUACAGAUAUAGUGCAGGUUCUGCUGGAAGUCAUGGUGACCGCCCAACUAAGACCCCUAACAAAGGGAUGCGUAGAAGUAGUCACAUGGGAGUCCCAAUGGUGAAUGGAAUACCAAAAGAUCCUAGAAAAAUUUCUGACAGAAACUUUCAAGCCAAAUGUGUUGCAAAGCUAGUAGAGUUUUUAUCAGAAAAAGGAUACCCUCACAAAUUAUCCCCAGAGAUUCUCAAAGCUCCUCCAAGAAAGGAUUUCUUUCAGAUAUUUGAGUUCCUCUACAGUAUGUUAACUCCAAGAUACAGGAUAGGGAAAAAACCAGAGGAAGAAAUUCCCAAAAUCUUCAAGGAACUGGGCUAUCCUUUUAUGAUCUCCAAGACGGCCAUGUUUGCUCUGGGUUCACCUCACACCUGGCCCACAAUUCUCGCAGCCCUUGUGUGGAUGGUGGACUUAAUUAAGUUUGGUAUGCAGGUUGGAAUGUCCAUUGACCAUUACCUCUUUCCACCAAACGAAGAUGAGUUUGAUUCCCUACCAGAAUCACAGAUUUUGUUUGAUUAUGUUGAGAAAACAUAUGCUGCUUAUAUGGAGGGAUACGAUACCUUUGAAGAUUAUGACGAACAUCUUUCUAAUCAUCUAAAUCAAAAACUUUAUGGCAUAAGUGGUGGCCUAGAAAACUUAGAUGACGAGAAUAGGAGAUUGGAAAAAGAGUUAGAAAGUCUGGAACAAGAAAUCCUAGAGUCUCAGGAAAAACUCAAGAGAAUGCGAGAAGAGGAGGUCAAUUCUAAAGAAAACGAUGAGAAGAUGGUCAAAUACCUGAAUGAACUGGACGAUUACGUAGAGAGCCAGGAAAAGAACAUACAGAGUUUGGAUGAAGAGUUGGAAACUCUUGUUGCUGAUUUAAAUAGUAUUAAAGCCAAAAACCAAGAGAAGCAGUUGAUCUUUGAGUCCCAGGAAUUCAGCCCCGAAGACAUUGAACGAAUUAAGAUCAACAGGAAGGAUAUGUUACGUCAGAUUGACGACGCGGAGGCUCGAGUGUCCAGUAUUGACCAGGAGGUCUGGUCAGAGGAGAUGAAGGCCUCCAAAAUGCUAGAAAUGGUGGAAUCUUCUUGCAAUGAGUACAAUGAUUUGGCCCAGCGGUUAAAGCUUCUGCCAUCUACAGCACAAUAUGCUGGUGGUGUGGACUAUGAGUUAUCUCCCUCUUACAGUGCUAGGGAUAAAUUUACUGAAGUUGUCAAGCCUGCUCUGCAUUCCUUGAAAGAACAGUGGGCUGAAAUGAUGCAUGAGAAAUCAAAGGAGCUGAUGGGGGAAAAGGAUGUGUUUGAUCAG